AUGGAAAACCAACAAACCAAUGUAGAAGAUAACAAAGACAAUUCCACUCCUAUUCCUCAAACUGAAAAAAAGAAAGAAGAACAAUUAUUUUUCCAAUGCACUUCUUGCAUUUUUCGAACAAAAUACGAUUACUUUGGUAGAAAUCCAACACAACUAAAAAAUUACCUUCUAUUAGAAGAUAGUUACGUUCUAGAAGACCCGUUUUCUUCACCAAAAGAAAAAAAUGUGAUAAUAUUAGGUGCUCAUUGCAUUAAAUGUAAAAAAAGAGUUUGUAAGAAUAUGAACUGUAGUUGUUACUUUGAAGGAACUUACUGUAUCUGCUGUGCCAAGAAUAAUGUAAAAAUGUUUCCAAAGGCUCUUCAAGAAAAAAUAAAUCGAAUCGUUUAA